UUUUAAUUUAAUAUUAUAUUCUUUCUUUUUUUCUGUUCCUUUUUUCUUUUUUCUUUUUUUUUUUUUAUAUGAUCUUGACUAGGGGAUACAACAUUGGACAACGCUUGAUCGAAGACUUUUUAGCGCGAUCUGGUAUAUCAAGAUGUUCUGAUUUUCGAGAAACAGCAGAAGCAGUAGCAAAGGUCGGUUUUAAGUUGUUUUUGAAUAUUACGCCUAAUGUUACAAACUGGUCAUCAGAAUUUAAAGAAUUCUCCUUGGUCUUUGAUGAAAACCCAUUGACGGAAUAUGUUGAACUACCAACAGAAGCUCUGGAAGGCGGAUUAUGGUACUCAAAUAUUUACUGUGGUGUGCUACGAGGGGCAUUGGAAAUGGUACAAAUGCAAGUGGAUGCUAAUUUUGUCAGUGAUACUCUCCGUGGUGAUGAUACUACCGAACUACGUGUAAAGUUGGUACGGUACCUUGAAGAAGAAGUGCCUGUGGGUGAAGAUUAGAAUCAGUUCUAUAGAUAUUUUUUAUCAAGUCUAUAGUAUAUUAUUGUUAUGAUUAUUACUAUUGUCUCUGUGUAUAUCUUUACUAUUGUAGUUUGAAUCAUUUCAAUAAAAUUCAUUCUAUUGAUGUAUUGGCUCUCUUUCUCUCUCUCUCUAUCUCUCGAACUGUCUCUUGCUAGUGAUCAAUUGAAACACAGCAGCUAUCCUUUUUUGGGUUCUCGGUUA